AUGAGUUUCCGUCCGCGGAACAGAUCUUUGAUUCGAAGAGCAACUGGAACGAGUUUUGGAAACGAAGAGCCGUUCAGUCUUGCUGGGCCGCAGGAUGUUGUCGCCGUCGCUCAUCAACAUGUUCCCUACGUGGAUCCGGGUUAUGCUCAACUCAACCCGGCGUAUACACAGCCCAUGCAUGCUAAACCGGUGUGGUCAUUGGCAAAGCCUUUGCCCAGGGUUGUGAGACCUGGUAUGGUGCCCACUGCCAGCGAAAUCGACAAUAUCAAUCAGCAUAUGGGAGAUACUGAAAUCACCGAGGGUGAUGUGGAACAAGGACCAGAACCUACACUUCGCCUCGGCCGCGUAUCUUCCAAACUCCAAGCCGUGCGAGCAGAAAGGGAACGACGAUUCCUGGAAGGCAGGUCUGGAUCUAAGAAGGUUACGAGGAACAGAGCAGAUUCUCAAUCUUCGAUGCACUCGCAAAACAACCAACAGCUUCGUCCUGUGAACAGCGCUCAACAAGGCAGCACUGUUGAUGUUCUACCGGAUGUAGCUGAAGAGCACGAACCCAUGGACCACGAGCAGUUCCCAGAGUACAACGAAACCUUUGACGCCACUCCAUCUUACCGCCCAACCUACGAAUUCGACGACAGCUUUUCUGCGAAAACAGCCUUAGAUACUGUUCCCUCUGACGAUGACUUGACCCUCACAAACAACAAUCUCGAAGACGAAGUCUAUAAUGCACACACACAUUGGAGCGUCAUCCGUCACCGCUUCCGUCAAGAGUUGGCAGAAUUCCUUGCUGUGCUUGUGCAACUGACUCUAGGCUUUUGUGCCGACUUGUCCGUUACNUUUGGGGGUGCAUCAGCAAACAACGCCAUUUUUGGAUCUUUGGCUUGGGGCUUUGCAACCAUGACUGCAAUCUACAUUGCCGGAGGUCCUUCGGGUGCGCAUCUGAAUCCGGUAAUCACCAUUGUACUCUACAUUUUCCGCGGCUUUCCCAAACGCCAAAUGGGAGGAUAUAUCCUUGCGCAAUUUCUGGGUGCUUUCAUUGCUGGAUUUAUCACUUAUGGCAUNUUUUCGUCGCAGAUUCAUGCGUAUAUUGCUGCCCCUGGUGCAGGGACCACACAACAAGAAGCCACGCAAGAUAUUUUGAACGCAUUUCUUACUGGUCUGCGCAACGAUAAUGUUACACUGGCUGCUGGCUACUUUACCGAAUUCGUGGCUACGGCUUUUCUGGCGCUUGUUGUUCUUGCCCUCGGCGACGAUACAAACACACCACCUGGCGCAGGAAUGACAGCCCUCAUCCUCGGAUUUGUAAUUUGUGUCUUGUUGCAAGCUUUUGGCAGUACCACUGGCGCAGCUUUGAACUCCACUCGCGAUUUAGGUCCCCGUCUCGCUCUCUACGCUUUAGGAUUCAGUGGAGAAUUACUAUGGAAAGGCAAUUGGUGGCUCUGGGGCCCUUGGUUGGCGUGUAUUCCUGGCGGCAUCGUGGGAGCAAUGAUGUAUGAUAUUUGUAUCUUUACUGGUGGAGAGAGUCCGAUCAACUAUCCGAGGAAGAGGGUUUGGAGGGCUGGACACAAGGCGAAGAAGAAGUGGGCCAAGAGGCUCAGGCCUUGGAGGAAGGGCAAAGGGAAGAAGAGUAAAGAGCAAGAGCAGGGGUGGAGCAGAAGCCAUAGAAUUGGGUGUUUCUCUUGCUUAGACUGA